AUGACAAUCAAUUGAGUGGGAGUAUUCCAGAUAGCAUCGGGCAACUUUCUAAGUUAGAGAUCAUAGAUCUUUCUGACAAUCAAUUGAGUGGGAGUAUUCCAGAUAGUAUCGGGCAACUUUCUAACUUAGGGAACAUAGUUCUUUAUGGCAAUCAAUUGAGUGGAAGUAUUCCAGAUAGCAUCGGGCAACUUUCUGAGUUAGCGAGAAUAGAUCUUUCUAACAAUCAAUUAAGCGGGAGGAUUCCAAAUAGUAUUGGACAACUUUCUAACUUAGGGAUCUUAUAUCUUUCUAACAAUCAAUUUGGAACAGGAUUUCCUGUAUGGCUUGAAUUACAAAAGGCAACAAUCACAGUUGAUCUCUCUAAUGCUAGCAUCUCAGGUCCUCUUCCAAAAAACAUAAGUCUUAUGAUGCCAAUGUUGGAGGGAUUAUAUCUUGCAAAUAACCUCAUCAAUGGUUCAAUUCCAAAGUCACUAUGCAAUUUAAAAUAUUUGCGAGGACUUGAUCUCUCAAAUAAUAUGUUAUCUAGAAAUAUUCCAAAGUCGCUAUGCAAUUCAAAAUCUUUGGGACUUCUUGAUCUCUCAAAUAAUAUGUUAUCUGGAAAUAUUCCAAAGUCGCUAUGCAAUUCAAAAUCUUUACAACUUCUUGAUCUCUCAAACAAUAUGUUAUCUGGAAGUAUUCCUAAUUGUUGGAGAAACAAUCAACCAUUCCAUUAUAUUGAUCUAUCUUCUAACAAUCUCUCGGGUUUAUUUCCGAGCAAAAUGGCACAACUUUCUUCUUUAUUUGGACUGCACUUGAACAACAAUAGUCUCUAUGGGGGAUUACAUGUGGCCUUGAAAAACUUCACUUUUUUACGGAUUUUGGAUUUGGGUGAAAAUAAAAUUUCUGGAAAUUUAACAAGCAUUUUAGGGAGCAAGAUCGGCAACUACUCUUUAAAGGUUCUUCGACUGCGAAAAAAUUUGAUUUCCAGUUAUAUUCCUUUGGAACUAUGCUCUCUCUCUCAUUUGCAAAUUCUAGAUCUUGCAGAAAACAAUCUGAUAGGAAGAAUUCCUCCUUGUUUUGGAAAAUUUCCAAUUAUGGUGAAUGCAACACAAUUGAUCUAUGAGAGCAAUAAUGUACAUUGGUAUUCUGCAACUUUGAGGGAAGUUGUUAAAGGGAGAUACCUUGAGUAUAAAAGCAAACCUCUGAGAUUUGUGACUAUUAUAGAUCUUUCGAGUAACAAUCUAAUAGGAUCCAUACCAGAGGAGCUAAUUUCCCUCAAGGAUUUGCACAAUUUGAAUCUGUCUUGGAAUCAUCUCUCAGGACAGAUCCCUGAGAAAAUUGGACGAAUGGAGAAUUUGGAAUCUCUCGAUUUCUCCAAGAAUGGCCUCUCAGGAACAAUCCCAAGUAGCAUGUCAAGUUUAACCAAGUUAAGCCGCCUCAACUUGUCCUACAACAACUUGUCAGGGCCAAUUCCAAUAGGUUAUCAGCUCCAAACACUUGAAGAUCCAACCAUGUAUGUAGGCAAUCCUCAACUCUGUGGAGCUCCACUUAUGAAGAAAUGCUUAACUGAUGCACUACCUCCGACAACCACCGACUUCAAGGACAAUGAUGAAAGUGCACUUAAAAAAAUGUGGUUUUACAUUAUCGUGAUGUUAGGCUUUGCAAUUGGGUUUUGGGGAGUUGUGGGAGCUUUGAUUUUCGUGAAAAGUUGGAGAUAUGCUUACUUUCAAUGGGUGGAUGAUGUCCAACACUGGAUACUUGUGAUUAUAACAUUGAAGGUGGCACGAUUCAAAAAGAUGUUCAAUGGCAACCCAAGAUGAUCAAUGAAUUAUAUAUAAAGUAUGUUGUUGUUGCUACAUUUAUUAUUAAGUUAGUUAAACAACCUCAUGUUGUAGGGUAUGGUGUCAGGUCCAACUUUGAAUGGUCCAAUAUUGAAUAGGUCAAUUUUAAAUGAACACAUAAGGAUUAG